AUGGUCCGAACACAUUCAUCGUAUACGGCCAGCCCCACGCGCUUCCAAUCGCCUCAACGCAGUCCAGCGCGUCGCCCGUCCCAAGAUGGAUCGCAGUAUGAAAUGGAUCUCGAUGCUCUGGGCCUCAACUCCACGUUCGAGUCAACCGAACUAGAAGAUCACCACCAACCGCCUGUCGAUCACGUAGACACGAGCGAGAUUGAAGGGCCAGAAGACUUCACCAUGAACAUGACCUACUGGAUGACGGCAGAUCUCCCGCUGGCGCAGAUCAAAUCGCGGAAAGAAGCCAACACAAAACGACCGGUGAUAAGAAUGGACGCUAUACAGGAUGGAAGUGAGAGCAGGCAGGCAACAGAAGUGGGCGAGCCGGCAGUCGUGGUGGAGGACACGGAGCAGAGGAGAAAGAGUCGGUCUCGCACCACUUCUCCUACGAGGCGCGCAAACGGCACAAAGAAUGAGCGUCAGCACAGUAUACCAGCAUCUGAGCGGUCCAUGGAAAAUGAGGAGAAGGUUCGGAGCUUUCUCAGCAAUCUGCCAGACACGGAGAUGGAGGGCGCAAUCACAGGGACGCCGCUCCAUGCACCAAGACAUAGUUAUCUACAAGUCCCACGAUCCUCACCUCCGAAAGCCCGGUCUCUGCAACCCACAGUCGAAGACUACGAUACACCGCGCAAGCCUACCCAAGAGACAGUUAUACGGCACACCUCGGCCAUCAUUGAUACAAGUGAGCAGGAUGUGGCUCGCAGUAAGAUCGCAGAGCUGCAACAUCGCCUUGAACAGCACGAAUCCACUUCGAGAUCGCGCAUUACCGAACUCGAGACGAUCCUAUCGUAUACCCGCUCAGAGCUCGAGAGCACACGCAACGACAAUUACAAGCACAAGGAGACGGUGUCAAGCCUAGAGAAGAAAAUGGAACAACAACGUGCAGACCAGGAAGCAGCUCAGGCAGCUGCGGAUGCCGACAUGAAGGCGCGAGAGCAUGCGUUGGAGACUAGGAUGCAUGACUUCGGAGAAGAGAUGCGUCUUCAAAACCUCACCAAGCUGGAGACAAUGCUGGAAGAGUUUGAGCGGCAACGAAAAUCUCUCGAAGAAUCCAAACGACAACUUACCGAAGAGGUCGAAGACAAGGACCAGAAGCUAGAGGAAGUUCAAGCAGAGCUUGCACAGGCACGCCAAAUACACGAGCGAGAACUUCACGACCUGAAGGAGACGCAACUCCACGAAGCUGGACAUGGUGGUGAGGAUGCUGAAAAGGAGCGUCUAUUGUUGACCGAGCAACUUUCCUCGGUCCAAGCGCGAGCGAACGCUUUGCAAUCAAGCCUUGAAACGGCCACAUCCGACGCAAAGGCAGCUCGUGAGGAGGCUCGAAGAAGAAACGAGAUGCAUUCCGCUAUCGAAAUCAAAGUUCAACGCCACACAGCCCGCAUUGCCGAACUGGAAGGCCAACUCCAGGCUGCCAAGUUUGAAGUUGAAUGCUCACAUGCCGAUGUGGCAGCUAAGCAGCAGCUGUUUCACACAAAUCUUGAUCUCAAUUCUCGGCUCCGCACUCUGCAGUCAGAGCUGGAGACCGCACGGAGGGACUUCACCGCAACGGAUCAGGGAACUCGUCGCUCGGCUGAUCUGGAGACUUGCGUGAAAGAUCUUCAGUCACAACUCGAAGCCGUCCGCGCGGAAAGUACCAUGAAGGAACAACACCGAUCGAAUACAGGUGACCUUGAGAAGCGUUUCGGUUCUCUUGAGAUACAGCUUGCAACUGCGCUUGCAGACCUAGCUACUAAAGAUCAACAACUGCAGAGUACAUCCGCUCUACAAAGAUACAUCAAGUCGCUAGAAGCGCAACUAGAGUGUCCUGGCAUCAGAGCAUCUGCGAGCGAUGGGCACACCCCGCAGGUAGCGAAGCUCGAAGCACGCAUAAAAUCCUUGCAAUCCCAACUGCGAUCCGCUCAGUCUGAUCUGACCGCGAAGGAGCAAGAGAUCUCUUCUUAUGUUGAAUCGCAAGAGCAUGCUGAGCAACGAUUAAACACGACCCAAGGUCGGCUACAGAGUCUCGAGACGGGCAACACGAAUCUUCGUCAGCAGCUCGCAGAGGCUCAUCGCGAGAGUGCCAAAGCCCGAGCUGACGCAGAAUGCUUCAAGCAAGACUUGGAAGAUGCCAAUGACCGUCUGCGCGAUGCUCGCGCCGAGGCAGAUCGCCGUAUGAACGACCUCGAGAAGAAGCUGAACAAAAUGAAGGAGUUGAAGGUUGAAGCAGAAAAUAGAUACAAAGAGUUACGCGACCAACAUGGAGACAUGAUAGAAGGACACGAGGCUAUGAUGGAGGACGUCCGCGAUAAAGCGGAGGAUGCUGUGCGUAAAGCCGGCGCGGUACUCGAGCAAGAGCGUAGCGAGAAGAGGAGUCUUACCAAAGACCUCAAACGGGCUAAAGAAGAAGUUGAAAGGCUCCGUGCGGCCGCAUCUGCAAAGCUGGAAGAGGACACAGACGAAGACACUACCAUUUCAUCAUUUGCAACAGUGGCAAACGCAAAGGAUAACGAAAUCGCCAACCUCCGCGAAAUUAUUCGCAAGCAAGUCUCCGAAACAAAAUCCCUCAAGUCCGAACUCUCCGCCCUUCGCAAGGACAACAAGGCCCUUAAAGCAUCAUCCACAUCCGCAUCUCAAGAUACAACAGCCGCCUUGGAAGCUCAACUUUCCAUUCUUCGCUCCGAGAAAGCAGCCCUCGAGACGCGUCUUGCGAACCAAGCCGCUGAAAACGACGCUAUCAACAAGCAAAUGGAUGAGAAAUUAGCCACACUGCUUAGUAAACUUAUGAAGGAGAAGGCUAAAACAGUGGUGGGUAAGCGUGAUGGACAGUGGACCGAAAGUGUCAGGGAGAUAGAGGAGGAGAAGAAGUUGCUUGGCAAAGUGUUGAUGAGACAGUGGGGCAGAGAAGAGGUUGGUGUUGAUGGAGAGAGAGAGGCAAAGGAUGGGAAACAGGGGUACCGGUAUAAAUAUGUCAAGAGGUGA